CAAUGGAUCACACCAAAAUGUCUUAAAAAUAUUUUAGAAAUUAAAUCAAACACAACCAAUACAAUGCUACAAUAAAUACAAUAAUAUCACGGGAUGACAUCGCAAACAGUCCAGAUUCACUCCAGUUAAAGUUCCGUUGACCUCCCAACUUCAUAUAGCUGAAAUUGAAAUAAUUUUUUGUGUGAAAGAAAUCAGUACGAGCCUAAUGGGUAUUAUUAAUACUAAAGAAUGUAGACGGAAAGUUGAUGAAGCAACAAGUAAUACUGGUUUAUCCAACUUGAGAUACGUUACCAUAGAUAAAAGUAAAUGGAAAGUAUUCCGGAGGAAACAGGUAGUUCCAGCUUAUCCGGCAUCAUUCAGACCCCUCAGAGGCUGUCCAUGCGGAAGCGAUAGGCCUUGCAAGCAGAGGAUCACACCUAAAGGAAUUACAAUACAUUAUCCUCAAAAAAAGAAAAAAUUCAUCGCAUUUGGUGCAAGAUUGAAAUCUUCCAGAAUAGAAAAAGGCUAUUCAAAUAACCAGCGACUACCGACCAAAGUGAAAGUGAUAAGACAAAGGAAAUUCCCAACUUGGAGAUUAGACAGGAUUACUUAUACUUCACCGUAUUUCAGACCCCACAUGGUAAGGUCUGGACCCUACUGAAAUAGAAGUUCAAGUGAUAUAAAAAUAAAGUUUGUUGUUAAAAUAAAGGUUAUGUUCAAUACAAGUUAAUAA